CUAAAUUGUCAUCUACUAUUAAUUACAAUACUCGUGAUAUGUCAAUUGAACAAAUUUUUACUUCUAGUAAAAGUAUUGCAGAAUUGCUUAAAGACAUUGAAGCAAUCUCUAACAGAAUAGACUAUGUCAAAAUAAAUAACAUUUUGGCAUCUUUUGUUGAACAGUUGAAUGCAGAAUAUCCUUUAUUACAAAAAGACAUAGAGGAUCCU